AUGAAGAGGGAGAGAAUUCCUGUGAUGGGGACAGUCAGUGAAAAUGACCAAGGCAGAGAAAUAGAAAACAUCAUGCCAGGAAUAACAAGAAGGCUGAUGUCACUAGACCAGAGAGUUAAUGGAAGGGGAGCAAUUGAUAUGGGAAGAAAUGAUACUUCUGUAACUCUAUUCAUCCUCCAAGGAAUCUCAGACCAACCAGAGUUGCAAGUCAUCUUAUUUGUCCUAUUCCUGGGAAUAUAUGUCAUGACUUUGACUUGGAACUUGGGACUCACUAUCCUCAUCAGGAGUGACUCCCAACUUCAUUCCCCUAUGUACUUCUUCCUUAGUUUUCUGUCCUUUGUAGACAUUUGCUACUCUUCCUCUAUUUCCCCAAGGAUGCUCUCUGACUUCUUCCUGGAAGAAAAAACAAUUUCCUUAUUGGCUUGUGCUACUCAAUAUUUCUUUGUGGCCUGGAUGGCAUUGGCUGAGUGUUGUCUGUUGGCGGUCAUGGCAUAUGACCGUUAUGUGGCCAUCUAUAGCCCACUGAGGUAUUCCACCAUCAUGCAUCUACCAAUUUGUGGAAAGUUGGUGGCUGGGGCCUAUAUGGCUGCCUGCCUGGGGAGCUUAGUCCAAACAACAGCUGGUUUCCAUAUCCAUUUUUGUGGGCCAAAUAUAAUUAAUCAUUUUUUCUGUGAUAUACCUCAAAUCAUAGCUCUGUCCUGCUCUAAUCCUUUCAUCAAUCAAAUCAUGGUGUUUGUGGUAGCAGUUUGCAUUGGGCUGUUCUCAUUCCUCUUUAUCAUCAUGUCCUAUGUGUAUAUCACAGUCAUUAUCCUGAAAAUGCCCUCAGCCAAAGGAAGGGCAAAAGCCUUCAAUACUUGUGCCUCUCACCUGACUGCUGUUACUCUCUCAUUUGGAACUGCCUUUUGUGUGUACCUGAGACCCAAAUGCCAUUCCCAACACCUGGACAAGGUGCUGUCUGUCUUCUAUGCUAUCCUCAUCCCUGUGCUGAAUCCUCUGAUCUACAGCCUCAGGAAUAAAGAAAUCAAAGAUUCCCUCAAGAAGUUCAUGAAAAGGGGGAAAUUUCCCUAA